AUGGUACACGAAGGUAUUCCAAUUCUCUUUCGUUUCUUAAUCAUCUCGUUUGCAGUCGUUGCAACUGGAUUAGCUGGAUCAGGUGGAAUUAAAAGCUGCACAUAUGCAUAUACCAUUCGUCUCUUAAUCUUUGAUGUUCGCAAACUUCGAUUACCACGACCACGUGUCUUUGUAAUCUUUGAUUCAAUAUGGUUUUUACUUACUUUUGCUUCUGCUGUCGCUGUUUCAGCUGCACCAGUUGGUUCAUCAAUCUGUUCUGGAAUUGACAACGAUCUGGUCAUUUUAUUCCAAGAAGUUUGUAAUUUCAAGUGUUCAAAUCUAGUGACAGCAAUUAUUGCAAUGUUUUUAACUUCCAUUUCUAUUCUCAUGGAUCUUCUCUUCAUUACAAGUGUCAUCUCCAUUCACAACAGUGACAUUCCGGCUGAAGACUUUAGUUUUAAUGAAAAAUAUUUCUAUAAAUAUAACCCUGUUGUACCACGUUUCUGGUACCCACGGUACUCCGUGGUUGUGCUGCCCCAGUCUUUAAAAUCGCCCCACCAACGUUCGUCUUCCACUCGCUACAAGAUGACAGAACCAAUGCGUGAAGAAUAUCCAUCUCUUGAUCAACGAGGAGGAAAUUCUUCGUUAACAUCAGGAUAUGGAUCACGUGAUGAGUUUCGUCGUCGUAGUGAAAGUCGUGAGCAGUAUGACAUGCGAUUUCGUACCUCACGAAAUCGUAGUCGUAGUCGUAGUCCACGUCGAGGACGUGAUCAAGUGGAAUCAAGUUUACGUUAUGAUGAGAAUCCUCGAGACUCACGUGGUCUCGAACCUUUAAUAUCCUAUAAAGUUUGGAUGAUGCAACAAACUGAUGAAUUAACACCUGAAGGCUAUCAACAACGUUAUGAAGAGUAUAAAAAGAAACAUAUUCAACGUGUUUUACGUGCAUUCUUUGAUCUGCAUAAACGAGAAGAAUGGUUACAAGAACGUUAUUCUCCUGCUUUACGUGCUCGUGUGGAAAAGAUCAAAACAACGCAUCAAAUGAACGAAGCAAAACACUUUAAAGAACGUAUUUUGUCUGGAGUCGCAACAAUUUGUUUUGAUGAAAUGACAGCAAACGAAGGAAUGACCAAGGCUACAGAUUUUGUCAAUGAUGUCGAAGAUAGUGCCCGUAUUUUGUACAUUCGACGUGUACCAUGUGCAUGUCCAAUUGGUACUUUAAGUGAAGCAAUUAAAAAAGCGGGUGGACCAUAUCUUCAUUUGUACUUAUCCGAUCCAGUGAAAAAGAGUGCGUUCGAUUUUGAUCGUUCUGCGUACAUUUUAUACGAUUCCCCAACUACAGCUAGUGAAGCAAUGCCAAAACUUCAUAAUACAUUUGUGGAAGAUAAUACGCAGUUUCCACCAUUUCGUCUACAAGUAUCUCCACAUCGUGCACGUGCUCCAUUAAAAACACCAUCGUAUUUGUCGGUUCCAACUCGAAUUGAAGUGGAUUUGACACAAGCUUUACGUCUUGCUCAAGCUUUAGACACACGUUUAUUUGAAUUGAAUCAAGAGAAAUGUGAUCAAGUUGGAAUUCAUGCUUUACUUUCAUUGGAACAAGUUCUUGUCAAAUAUCCAAGUGCUAAAGAACAAUUAGAUUUGGUUAUUGCUUACUUACGUCGUGUUCAUCAUUAUAUUUAUUACGCUGGUGUCCAAUGUCGUGAUAUGGGUGAUAUCUUACAUGCUCAUCCUGCACUCUUUUGUCGUCCACCACCAUCUUUACGUGAUUUAGAAGAAGAAAAAACACGACAUGAAGAAAAUGAACGAUUGAAUGAUGAAAAUGGAAGUCAAGAACCACGUCAAACAAUUCGAGGAUGGGCAGCAGCUUUGGAUGAAAAAGUUUCAAUGUAUUUGAAAGAAUUAGAACCAGAAGAAUUACAAGCGAAACGAGUGAAAGAACGAGCAUUAGUUGAUGAAAUUGAAACACGUGAAGAAAUUGCAUUGGAAAGCACAUAUGCGAAUUAUGGUGAAAAAGCAAGUGAAGAUGGAAAACAUCGAUGUCGAUUGUGUACGAAAUUGUUUAAAGCUUUGGAUUUUGUCAAGAAACACAUACGAAAUAAACAUCCAGAAUUAGUGGUGGAUAAAAUUGCCGAAGUUGGAGAAAGUUAUAUGUGGGAACAAUAUCGACAAGAUGAACAACGUCCAAUGCCACCACUUGAAACAAGUUCAAGUGUAUCAAGUGGUGCAGUACUUGGUGGACGAGGUGGAAAUUUUGGACGAAAUUAUAACAAUUCUCGACAUCGAUUUGAACGUGAGAAUGGAGGACGUGGGUUUAUGCGAGAUGAGCAAUUUCGAACUCGUGGAUUUGCUAUACGUGAUGAUCGAAUGCGACGAAAUUCAUUUGAUCGUUCAAUGCGUUCCCCACCACGAGGUUCAAAUCGUAGUGGUUAUGGUCAUUCUCCAUCACGUUAUCCUGCACCAUCUCGACUUCCUGAUACUGAAUUACCAAUUGAUCCACGUCAAAUCUCGACGUCGUAUCGGGAUUUGGACAAUUUAAUUGAUCCAAAAGUCGAAUUAACGUUUGAUGCACUUGAUACUUUACCACCUCCAAAGAAAAAAUCUAAAGUAGGAAUGUAA